AUGGUGAGUAGCGAUAAUUCAAUUCAAAACGAAGUACAGAAGUUUUGGGAGCUCGAAGAAGUCGUCGAACCAAAGGAACGAAGAAAAUAUAGUAUUGAAGAAUGUAAAUGUGAAACCCAUUUUUUGAAGACGUCUGCAAGAGACGCCAAUGGCAGAUUUACGUUAAAACUACCAUUUCGUAACAACAUACAGCAAUUAUUGGGUGAAUCGCGUUUCAUGGCAACGAAGAGAUUCCAUCAGAUGGAACGUAAAUUAAAUGAAAAUCCAGAGCUUAAGCAGGAAUACGACAGGUUUAUGCGUGAGUAUCAAAAUCUUGGUCACAUGACCCUGUCGACUAAGACGAAUAUUCAUUCGACGGAACAUCCACAAGUAUUUUUACCACAUCACCCAAUCAUCCGAAACGAGAGCUCUACCACAAGGAUUCGAGUGGUUUUUGACGCUUCUGCAAAAACUUCCACCAACAUAUCACUCAAUGAAACCUUAAUGGUUGGCCCAACUAUUCAAGAUGACCUCCGUAGAAUUUUAAUGAGAUUCCGAAUACAUUAG